AUGCCUCGUGGUCACAAGAGCAAACGUCGCCAUGCUCCUAAGAAACGUCAGCAGACCAGAGGUGACAGACAGCAUGGUGAAGGUGCACAGGAAGAAGUGUCAUCAACUGCAGAGUUAGCAGCUGCAGAAAAAGAAACAGGAUCACCAUCUGCUAGUGCCCUUUCUGAUGAUAGCUCUGUGGUCAGUUCUUUACAUUUUUCUGAUUAUGAGUAUGAGGAGAGCAUUUCUGAGUUCAGUCUCUGCACUGAGUGUUCACUGAGUGAACCUCAGUGUCCAUCUGAGGUGGUAGAGUGGCUCAUACUCCAAAAAUUUCAUUUGAAGAAGCUUGUUACCAGGGAAGAAAUGGUGCGUGCGCUGCACCCUAGGCACAGAUUUCAAUUUUCUGAUAUUUUCAAGUGUGCCUGUGAUCACCUGGAAGUGAUCUUCGCAGUUGAAGUGAGAGAAGUGGAGUCCAGCCGUCACUCUUAUAAUCUUAUCAGCAAGCUCAACCUCCCCAACAAUGGGAGGGUUCGUCCUGGCAGGGGCUAUCCUAAAACUGGUCUCCUGAUGAAAGUCCUCUCUGUGAUCUUCAUGAAGAACCAUUGUGCUUCUGAGGAAGAUAUCUGGAAAUUCCUGAAAAAGUUGCAGGUGUACCCCGGCAAGAAACAUGUCCUGUUUGGAGAUACUAAGAAGCUCCUCACCCAAGAUUUCGUGAGGCUGAAGUACCUGGAGUACCGCCAGGUGCUUGCUAGUGAUCCUCCAUGCUAUAAGUUCCUGUGGGGACCCCAAGCUUAUGCCGAGAUCAGCCAAGAGAGAAUCCUAAAGUUUUUGUCCAGGAUGAAAAAGAUUUCUCCUACAGACUUUGAAUGUCUUUAUGAAGAUUCUUUAAAAGAGGACAUAGAAAAACUCCAAGCUGCACUUGCUGCCUAUUCUAUCUCUACUAGUCCUACUGCUGUUGUCCAGGUUACAAGUAGUGCUCCUCCUCCCAAGCCUGAAGAUGACUGA